AUGACUGUAUUGUCGGCAAGUCUUUCUUGUCAGUUCAUGUCACUGCACUAUAGGGAACAGUUUCGGUUCUUCCAUUUUGACUACUUGUACAUUGUAUCAGAGUCUGCGACUGAACUGAAUGAUCUGCAGGUUAUUUCUUGAUUCUAGUCUUCAGCAAACAUGGCUGAAACAGAGAGCAACUGCUCAGCUCACCAAUGCACCAGACACGAUGACGAUGAAAGCAGGACUCGCGCUGCAAUGAAGGACAUCUGGGACGGCCAUUGUGCGGCGGCAUCGCGGCAAGAUGUCAUGCUCGACUCGAAAGCACUGCGGACGAUGAAAAAAUCCGAGAAGCCAGAGAUACUGGCCAUGUUGCCCGCUCUGAAAGAAAUGCGAGUUCUGGAGCUCGGCGCUGGCAUAGGUCGUUGCACAGGGUAUCUUGCUGAGAGAGCCCAACAUGUCACCUCAGUUGAUUUUGUGGAACAGUUUGUGGAGAAGAACCGUCAGAUCAAUGGCGUGCAACAUCCCAACAUCACCUUUGUGUGCAGCGAUGCCAUGAAGCUGGACUAUGAGGAGAACUCGUUUGACAUUGUCUUCUCUAACUGGUUACUGAUGUACAUCAGUGAUGCUGAGCUGGAAGAGCUAACCAAGAGAAUACUCAGGUGGGUGAGGGUUGGAGGUCACGUCUUCUUCCAUGAAUGCUGUUUCCGUCAGUCUGGUGAUUUUCCAGGAGGUGCAUCUAACCUGCCCACCAAGUACAGAGAUCCAAAGCAAUAUCAUCACGUGUUUGAGACGACAUGCUACGAAAGCAGUGCAUCGUCUGGUGCGUUCAGGUAUGAGCUGGACUUCUCGCGAUCUGUGGGUCCAUAUUUGCAAGUCAAUAACAACCUAUAUCAGAUGUGCUGGAGCUGGAGCAAGGUGUUAGUGGAGAAGAAAGCACAGUCGAAUGGUGAUUCGUACGACUCCCAGUCCAUGCGUCGGUUCCUGGACCAGGAGGAGUACUCUGUCAAUGCUAUUCAGUGCUAUGAGAAGAUGUUUGGCAAGAACUAUGUCAGUACCGGUGGACUUGAGACGACAGCUGAAUUUGUCCCGAUGCUACAUUUGCAGAGGGGUGAGAAGGUGUUGGAUGUUGGAUCGGGUCUGGGUGGAUGUUCUCUGUACAUGGCGGAGAACUAUGGCGUGGAUGUGGUGGGUCUGGAUCUCUCUACCAACAUGGUGCACAUUGCUCUUGCACGGGCGGUCAACUGCUCAGCAGGAUCGGUAUUGUAUGAAGUGUCUGACAUUACAAAGCGUCAGUUUCCGGACGAGUCCUUUGACGUCAUUUACAGCCGAGACACUUUGCAGUAUGUUCCCGGCAAAGCGGAAGUUAUCAAGAAGUUCUUUCGUUGGCUGAAACCUGGUGGCCGUAUUUUGAUCUCAGAGUUGUGCUAUGGCGAGGGAGAAUGGAGCGAUAGUUUCAAGACGCAUGUUGAGCAGCGACACCUCGCAACGCACAGUGUCAAGCAGUACGAACAGAUUCUUUGCGAUGCUGGCUUCGCGGACGUUGUAGCGGAUGAUCGCAGCCGUAGAUUCUGCGAGCGUGAAACCAAGAGAGCAUCUGUGGAGCGGAGCGAACUGGUCAAGGAAUUUGGCGAAAAGGACUAUGAAGACCUUGUCACGAAGUGGAAGGCCAAUAUCGAAUGGAUCAAUGCUGGUGAACAGUGCUGGGGCGUCUUCUUCGGGCGCAAGCUGUUAGCCAAGACAGGACUAGUUAAUGGUAGCUGAGGACUGCAUGCAUUUUAAUACUGGCGUGCAGCCACUUCUGGCUGCUUGUAAAUCAUUCUACUAGUUAGAGAUAUUUCCACAUUCUUUGCGGCAACGUUACUCCUGUCAAUUCUGCUGGAAUAUCCUCCCUUCCGAAGAUGACUACACCUUCUAAGCAACAUGACAGCUUUAAAAUGUUACCUACUGGUAGUGUUUCCCGCAAGCUGCUACAUCUGUUUAGCUUGUUUUGACAUACUCUGCCAUAGUACUGGGUUUGGACUGCGUUUUUCCAGGUUGCCUUGGAAACGGAGACGAGAAAAUGUAAUUUAUUUUCCGGGAGUCUUCUUUUCUUUUUGCAGUGCUUUCUCUUACUCCAAUUUCGGCUGGCUCGCUCUUUGCUUUCCCUUUCCGUAUUCUAAGAACUCCAAGUUGCUCGCGUGUGGAUCUGUUGUCACGAUUUGUUCAAUCUCUCCAAAGCAUGUCGAAAACACUGGCAAACGCAUAGAGAGCAGGUGCGUACCAACCACCCUGGAGAAAGAGAAACUGAACAUUGCAUAGAGCUUAGCAAGAGUUGUAUGUAUGCUUGCUGCUUGCUAUGCCAAUCACCUGCCCCCCUCCCCCCCCCCCCCCCCCCCUGUCAUGACCAAUGCAUGUCAACUUUACGGUUCACUCAUGGGCAUCACUGUGUGAUUCACUGAUUACUGAGGGUAACUUGAAGACAGGAAAAUAUAAGUCACCUCACUCUUCUCAGAUGUUUGGUGUGGGCCUUGUUCAAGUUUUUGGAUGUGGCAAUGUACCAUUGCUAGUGAAGUGGUGAAUUGCGUAUCGGAGCUUCGAGCUUC